CGCCCCCCUCGCUCGGGCCCCGGCCCCGCGCCGCGCGCUCUUCACUUCUUGGGGGCUUUUUAAAACAGCGCCACUGGGGUCUUCUCCAUGCGGCUCGUGCUAUGACAGCCUCCGUGCUCCUCCACCCCCGCUGGAUCGAGCCCACCGUCAUGUUUCUCUACGACAACGGCGGCGGCCUGGUGGCCGACGAGCUCAACAAGAACAUGGAAGGGGCGGCGGCGGCGGCGGCGGCUGCGGCAGCGGCGGCGGCUGCUGGGGCCGGGGGCGGGGGCUUCCCCCACCCGGCGGCUGCGGCCGCGGGGGGCAACUUCUCGGUGGCGGCGGCGGCCGCGGCGGCGGCGGCGGCGGCGGCCAACCAGUGCCGCAACCUGAUGGCGCACCCGGCGCCCCUGGCGCCCGGCGCCGCGGCCGCCUACAGCAGCGCGCCCGGGGAGGCGCCCCCGUCGGCCGCCGCCGCCGCUGCCGCCGCCGCCGCCGCUGCAGCAGCGGCGGCGGCGGCGUCGUCCUCAGGAGGACCGGGCCCCGCGGGCCCAGCAGGCGCCGAGGCCGCCAAGCAGUGCAGUCCCUGCUCGGCGGCGGCGCAGAGCUCGUCGGGGCCCGCAGCGCUGCCCUACGGCUAUUUCGGCAGCGGCUACUAUCCUUGCGCGCGCAUGGGCCCGCACCCCAACGCCAUCAAGUCGUGCGCGCAGCCCGCCUCAGCCGCCGCCGCUGCUGCCUUCGCGGACAAGUACAUGGACACCGCCGGCCCCGCGGCCGAGGAGUUCAGCUCCCGCGCUAAGGAGUUCGCCUUCUACCACCAGGGCUACGCACCCGGGCCUUACCACCACCACCAGCCCGUGCCUGGCUACCUGGAUAUGCCGGUGGUGCCGGGCCUCGGGGGCCCCGGCGAGUCGCGCCACGAGCCCCUGGGUCUUCCCAUGGAAAGCUACCAGCCCUGGGCGCUGCCCAACGGCUGGAACGGCCAAAUGUACUGCCCCAAAGAGCAGGCGCAGCCUCCCCACCUCUGGAAGUCCACUCUGCCCGACGUGGUCUCGCAUCCCUCAGACGCCAGCUCCUACAGGCGGGGGAGAAAGAAGCGUGUCCCUUACACCAAAGUGCAAUUAAAAGAACUCGAACGGGAAUACGCUACAAACAAAUUCAUUACCAAGGACAAACGGAGGCGGAUAUCAGCCACGACGAAUCUCUCGGAGCGACAGGUUACAAUCUGGUUCCAGAACAGGAGGGUCAAAGAGAAAAAAGUUAUCAACAAACUCAAGACCACUAGUUAAUGGAUUAAAAGUGGAGCUAGAGGGCAACUUGAAGAAAUGCUUCAAAACUCGUUGCUUUGCCCAGAUAAUGGUUAUAAUGCAAAUAAUAAUUGAAGAAUGGGAAAGAGAAAGAGAGACACUGGCAUUUUGCUUUUCUAAGGGGGAUCUCUUUCUCCUGUGGAAUCUACAACUCUUUUAAAACUUAAAGAAAUGGUAAAGACUGCCAGUUCUCCCACCAAGUCCGACAGACCAUUAAAUGACAAACUCUAGAGUCAAACAUCAGCCCCCCAAAUACGCAAUUUCAGAUAAGUUUACCCUUUUACUGAAAUCUUGUAAGUAUUUAUGUGACCGUUAUGUUUUAGGACACUAUGUUAUGUGAUAAUGAUCAAUGAUCAGAAAAUUGGUUACAAAUGCAAGAGGCUGUUGUAAACAUCUGCUUGUCUUCUGGGUCACCAUUACUAUCCCCUUUGCAUGUUAAGUGACUGCUCAGGUAAAUCUUAGUGAAAUUCCUACCAUUGUUGUAUAUUCUGCAAAACACGUCAUGUAUAGAUUUAGAAAGGAAAGGAGAAGAAGGUACUGAAAUAAUGAUCUUGGACUAUUUACUAUGAAGGGGCAAAGGGAGAGAAAGUUCUUCCGAGGAUCGAGGAUCGUUUGUCUUGGGAGUAAAUACAGCCAUCGGAGUGAGCCUUUGAGGCCAUAGGAGAACCCCAGGUUGGGAAUGUCCUUCUGAUAAUAAUUUUUAAUUGCUUAUGACAAGUUCUUUUUUGUGGCAUUUGGACAAUAUUUUCUGCCCCAAUAUAAUCUACUUUUCAAAGGAUUUGAUACAUUUAAAAAUAUUUAAAGCAUCAAAUAAUUCACAGAAUUCACUUUAUGUCAGAUCUUCUGAGAGGUCCCACCCUAACAUGGUGGCCUUUGGUUUGAAUACAAUUAAUUUUUCACAUAAAUUGAUAUUUCCCAAUAUUUACAAACAUUGGCUAGAGAAAUAAUUUUUUUUUUUUAGAAAACUCAAAAUGGAAAUCCAUUCCCCAAAACAUUUAGAUGUUUACAUUCUAUAUUUUUGAUCUGUUAAGGGAUUAGUAUUUUUUCCUUGUUUGUUUGUGUUAUGAGACUGCAUUAGAAAGUUUAAGGGUUCAUCUUCAUAGCACAUUUUUAAUCAAGCAGUUAUUUCAACCAGCACAUUCAUUUUGUUCAUAUUCACUAUAAAAUGCUAUCUUGUAAAUAAAGACAUUCAGCACACUGUGAAAAUGUAUUUGUGCACCUGCUUUUCAAAUAUUUCUACUAAAAAUGAUAGUUUAAAAAAGCCUUAGACCUGUAGAUAGUUGAUAUAGUGGUAUUAAUUAUGUUAAUAAAAUAGACACUGUCAUUAAAAUCUGAAGGAAAUAGUCAUUAUUUUCCUAUGCUAAACAUGCACUUCACAGAAAGAAAAGGAACUGGUGGUUUGUCCUAUACAAACCAAGGACCAUUCUUUUCUAUUAUUAUUCAGCUUUUUUUUUGCUACAAAUUUUUUAAGCAAAGGGAGAAAUCCCUCACAACUAAAAUCCUAAAAAUUUAGAUAAGUGCUUUAAGAAGGUUAAAGUGUCAGGUAUUCUGAAAAGAAGAGAAAAGAAAGGAGGAGGUGAUAGUAUAAAUUCCCAGGCUCCCUGUGGAAAAUGAAAACCAGUUGUUUAGUAUCAGUGAUGCCCAGGCUGUCGUAUUUUAAAAUCUGCUGUUGGGUCUGCAUGUAUCUGAAAGGGCAGGUUUUGAUAUUUGUUGAAAUGACAGGACUAGGAAAGGCCUUAAACCUUGACCUUGAUGAAAAAAGACAAUUUGUGACCUUGACUUUUGACAGCUCAUGAAUUGGCCUCAGCUGGAUUAGUAGAUCAAGGGCGCCACCUCGCGUUGACAAGCUUCCUUGUAAUUCUUCAGCUUCAAGGGAAUCAAAAGGUCUUACCUCCUUGACUCCUUGUUUUAGAGAUUUGGUACUCAUUUCUUUGGCACCAGAUGGAGCAAAUUUGAAUAUAUGUAAGUUAUACAUGUGCCUGUAUAUAUGUGAAUAUAUAUCAUAUGUGUAUACAUGUAUACAUUUGCAUAUUACUGCUUGUGUGUGCUUGUAUAUAUAUUUGUAGAAUCUGUACAGAUAGAGUAUCGUUAAUUACUGAUGACCCAAGAUGGUGUAAUUUAAGGUGAUUUGAGUGUUGAGGUCCAAAAUGUACCUUAUAUGAUGAAGUUUUGCUCCUUUUCUUUAAUGGCCGAGUUUGAUUUGUAUUCAUAGCAGCUUCCCCUGCAUCAGAUUUCUGCAGAUCUGCUUGAAAGCUGUACAUUUUUGUUACAGUCUAAGAGGUGUUCUUAAAUAACCUUUCUUUCUUGGCCCUCACCCUCCAAGGUGGUCUACCAUCCUAACUAGAGCUGUAAGGGAUCUAUACGGUAAAUAAAAAGUUUCAGAUGCCUUGCUAACUCUAGAGCUCUAGAGUUACAUUUCAGAAAUUCAAAGAAACUCACCUCUUAAGAGGUCAGUAUGGAGAGCUUAAAGAUCUCAUAUCUAUAAAAUGACCAUAAUAUGGAUGCAGAAGGAGAGUUAUCCUGGAUAGCUCUGAGUCGAGUGCUGUGCCUGGGUGGUGUGCAAUCUUAUACUGAUGUUUUCUAAGCUGCCAUUUGAUUUAUGGAAGAAAUAUAUACAUUUAAUAUUAACAACCACCAUCAAAACUAUACUGGCAAUAACAAUCAUAUUUACUACUUAUUGACCCCUAAUGACACAUUGGAUGCUGUACGUAGACUCAUAACUAAUACAUAUGUAUGUUUCUAUAUUUAAUAUACACAUAAGGUGAUGUUUUUGUCAAAAACAUGCUAUGCUGUGCAUAUAUGCAUUGAAAUGUUGGUGGAACCAAGAUCUUUAGGAUGCAAAAUUUUGAGAUGAGGUGAAUUUUAUCUUUAUGUUAAGACGAAAGUAAUUGUGAACUGAGUAAUCUUAUUAAAUCAUUUUAUGGAAAAUAAUAUCAGUUGAUAACAAAGUUGGCUGACGCUGACAGAAACCUCUCCAACCUGAAGACUUAGAACUCCUUUAUAGAUGGAGAAGUAUAGAAAGAAUCUCUAAAGCUGUCUAAAAACAGCAUGGUCUUGAAACGUACACAUGGAAUGGUCUUGUGAAGUGCAAUCAAGUUUUGCUGCCCUGAGGAUUUUCACUCCACUUGUGGAAACAAAUGAAAAUGGUGCUUCAAAUCAACCUCUCCACAUCUUGUUCUACAGCACUCCGUUUCUAAAGGAGCUGCCACCAAGCCAAAGUAACAACUUUCUCCCAAAAUGUUUAAAGUGGUGGAAAAUCCCCUCAAAGCUGGAUCAAACUGUGUGUUUACGAACAGCUCCAAAGGGGACUCUUCUGUUGAUGGGGGAUAUUUUUCUUUAGAUGUAAGAAAUAUUCUGAGCCUCAGGCCUAGGAAGAAGGCCAACAGCAGCUCUGCAGCAGGAAUACCACCCUUUUCACAAGCCAUCGCCACUGCAGGAACUCUGGGUAAAGUAGUUUUCUUUUUUUUCUCCCUUCAGUUUUUGAAAUUAAUGACAGAAGAUAUUUCGGAGGUUGUUUUUCUCUUUCUCUCUUUUCUGAAACAGUUAUUGAUAAUGUUGAUUUUACCUUUUGCUUAAAAUUAUCAUGGAUCUACCAGAUAACCUGAAGUAAGCAUGGAGUGUGAUGGUUCCCUAAUACCCAAAUAGCAAUUAAUCUAAACCUUUAGAAAACAGACAUCCAGGAGGAUGCCAGCCACCAUAUAGGAAGGGAUAGCGUUGUUGAAUCCCUGAUUCAAGUAUAUUUCUUUUCCCCAAAAGGGAUACCCUUUCAGAGUAAGAAAUUAUAAUAUGGAAACAACUAGACACCAUUUCCAUCUAUCAAAUUAACAAUGAUUUUUAAUCCUGUAGUGGACUGUCAUGUUACCAUUUUUUUUAAUUGUAAAUAUGGGACUUAAAAAAAAACUACUCUUCCAUCUGCUCUUAAUACUGUCAAAUUUAUUAAGGUAUUUUAAGUGGAUGAUUGUAAAGUGCCACUUUGCAUUUCACUACAAUUUAUGCCUGAUACAGAGCUUAAGCCAUCUA